UAUUAUUCCCCCGUUAUAUCCACGCUUGUUCCUCUUUCUUUCUUUCUUUCUUUCUUUCUCUGCUUGCGUUUCUUCCCGCUGUGACAAAUUCACAAACAGACUAAACUCUCGAACGACGCCGGCGAAUUAAGGAGAGAUUGUUAGUGUUUAAAGUUUGGGACGCUAAUUACGUUGAGUUGUUAAGUUAAGAUGAUUAACUUUGAAGAAACGGAGCUGCGCUUGGGGUUACCGGGAGGUGGCGGUGGUGGCGAAAGUGAGAUAACCAAGAGCUGUGGAAAGAGAGGCUUUGCGGAGACGGAGGUUGACUUGAAGCUUAAUUUGUCGACUAAAGAGUCGUCGUCGUCGUCUUCGGCGACGGUCGUGAUUGAUGUUGAUGCUGUGGAGAAGAUGAAGGAGAAGACUAGUGUUUCAAAGCCACCGGCAAAGGCACAAGUGGUUGGUUGGCCACCCGUGAGAUCAUUCAGAAAGAACAUCAUGGCCGUCCAAAAGAAUAGCAGUGAGGAAAGUGAUAAGGCCAGCACUGCUAAUGGUAGUGUUGUUGUUGGUGCUGCAGCUUUUGUUAAAGUGAGCAUGGAUGGUGCCCCAUAUUUACGUAAGGUUGACCUUAAAUUAUACAAGAGUUACCAGGAACUCUCUGAUGCCCUUGGCAAAAUGUUUAGCUCCUUCACCAUUGGUAACUGUGGAUCACAAGGAAUGAAGGAUUUCAUGAACGAGAGCAAACUGAUAGAUCUUUUGAGUGGUUCUGAGUAUGUACCUACUUAUGAAGACAAAGAUGGAGACUGGAUGCUUGUGGGUGAUGUGCCAUGGGAGAUGUUUGUUGAUUCAUGCAAACGCUUAAGGAUAAUGAAAGGAUCCGAGGCCAUUGGACUUGCUCCAAGAGCAGUUGAGAAGUUGAAGAACAGAAGCUGAAAGCAAGUUGUAUUUUGUUCCAAGAAGUUGAAAAUUCAAACCCAAAGGCAAACCGGCUUGGGAGGGUUCAAGCAGGGAGUUUGAAUAUGUUGAUGAUGUGUCUGUAUGAUGAUUGUUUAGUAUAGAUGAAGAUGAAGAUGAAGAUGAAGAUGAUGUGGAAUUAAUAUGUUAAUUUUGUGAGAGAUUUGUUAAGGGACAAGAAGUAAUAAUAAUAUAUAAUUAGAACAUGUUUAUAAGUCUUUUUCC